GGGUGGCCUCGCAUUCGCUCGCUAGCGUGGGAUUCCGCGGCGGGACGAUACCCCGGCGCGCUGACAGAGUCGGGGGGGUUGCUAUCGUCCCAUGCCGACCGGGUCCCGCUAGAUCGGAACAUGCGGCCGCAUGGAGGCUGGUGGCUCGCGCGAGUUGUGAUAUAAGGUGCCGGCUUGCUGUCUAGGAAGAGGACACGGCUGUUGACCAUCACUGAUCAGUCUGCAUCUCAUUGUGUUGCGCGUCGUCAAGCCCUCCCUAGGAAUCUAAACCGUCCAUCAGCCAGCUGUCAGCUUCCGCAAAACAUCGUCUUCUCAAAAAAGCGAAAAAAGAACAACCAUGUCUCGCUACUUUCCCCACACGACCUACGCAGAAGACCAGCCCCUCGCCGGCACGAUCCUCACAGUCCACGUUCUCACACGCGGCUACACAACGGGCACGGUAGUGGGUCUCGGCGUCGCGGCCGCGAGUGGAGUCGCCCGCCGGAUCCGCGGCACAAAGCCCGUGCCUGCCACCGCCGUCGCCGGCACCCCGUUCUCCACAUCAGCAACGACAGCACUCCGAAGCGCAGGCGGACUACACACCGUCCUUCGCAAAUCAGGCACCGCCAGCGCUGUCGGCCUAGGCCUCACCGGCGUCGCCACGGUGGCGCGGAUGUACGGCCGCGAGGACAUUGAGUGGCGCGAUCGCGCGUGGAGGCUGAUGGAGAGCCGGAGCCAGCUGGAGGUGGACGACUGGACGUAUGGUGGUGCGGCGGCGGGCGUGGCGACCCUUGGGAUCGCGAGGGUGGCGCGGGUUAACGGUAGCGCGCUUGGUGUGAGGGUCGUUGCUGGUGCUGCUGGGCUGGGGAGUCUUGCGGGGACGGUAGGGUAUAUGGUUUGGAGGUAUGGUGUGCAUGGAGGGAAGUAUCCCGAGUAUGUCGGUCCCGAGGCUGCGUUGUCGAGGGUGUGAGGCUGCCGCGGUUUGAAGAUUGGUUGCUGCGAGGCCUGUACGUUAGAUACAUCAAUAC